AUGAACGCAGAGAGGCCAGUGAUCCACUCCCUCUGCGACCCUGCUCUAGCUACUCCGUCAUCAGACGAUAUAGGCCUGCCCUGGCCGGGAGCUAAAAGAGAUCUUGUGAGGGGACGUAUUCUAUCAUACAAAAUAAAGCAUUACCGCUUCGACAAACUCGCUUUCCUAUCGACUGCCUUACUCCAUGCAGUGGUGCCCGCAAGGGCUUCAUCCUGUCAAAUUCUUUCCAUUCAGAGCCCAGCGGCCGUCCAGAGCGGUUCGCUCUGGAGGACCUCAUGUAUCGGAGGCACGCUGGCGGGCACCUAUCGAGUGGGGGAUUAUACCGUGGACUACUCGGGUCAGGGCUCACAAUCAGGACAGCAAAAUCAACAUCAGCAAGCAUAUGAUACGUCACUCCAUCAGCGUUCACGACACCAGCAGCCUCGGGCCUCUAUUCACCAUCCAGGAGGCCCGGCUGCUGGUAUUCAUGGCACUCCCGACCCGCAUCACGGAAACCCUCAUGUCCAGCACGCAGCAAUGGCUCAACACCAUCAGCAUCCAUCACCGCAGAUGGUCAUGGACCCUUCUCAUCUAGGGCACCAUCGUCUGGGACCGCCUCAGUUUGGAGCCCCAGGACAAGUCAUGGCGCCUAUGUACCAGACUCUUUCGACCCCAACACCACCGAAUCACCCUCAGCAUUCUGUGCCUCCACCCGGCUCUAAGCGGCCACGACCCAGUGAUCUUGAUCUAUCUGUUACAGGAAUGGCUGACUUGGACCAUUCGGAUCUCAGUGGCAUGCAACAUACACCUUUGGGAGCAGCAUAUGCUCACGCUGCCGCCGUCGCAGUGUCACAGCCUCAACACCAGCCUAUACAUCACCACCACCAUCUCCCCGACUCGGAGCCACCUUCCAAGAUGAUGCGCCGCGAUGACGGCUUAGGGGGAGCUCCAAGCGUUGUGGGACAAAUCGGAAUGCCGGAUCCAGCACCUCGCCCCCGAGGACCUAAACUGAAGUUCACGCCAGAAGACGACCAGCUGUUGAUCGAACUGAAGGAAAACAAGAACUUGACGUGGAAGCAAAUCGCAGACUUUUUUCCAGGACGAUCUUCAGGGACAUUACAAGUUCGAUACUGUACGAAGCUCAAAGCCAAAACAACGAACUGGACAGACGAGACGGACCAAAAGCUUCGAACUGCCCUUCAGGACUACGAAAACGAGAAAUGGAGAAUCGUAGCCAAUAAAGUUGGCACCGGCUUUACUCCUGCAGCGUGUCGAGAACGGGCUGAGCAACUAAUGGUUGAGGAUCCAGCAACUUUGGCGGCUUUGUCACAGUCAUUAUCACCAGCUGUAGCCUCAAACGCAGAAUCCGAAGAGCCCUUAUAUUCCCAUCAUCAGCUUCAAUAA